UCUCUCCUUAGUGACCCUCAACACACAAAGACACACCAACCCAUUGGAUACCUUGCUGGACUGUGGGCUUUUGCCGUCGACUUUCUCCCUCCCGUCGUGAUGAAACCCCUAAACCCCCUCCGUCACCAGCCCUCCCUCCUUUCACGAGCUUGCGCCCUAGCACGGAGCAACAAUGCGCGUCGCCAGCCCCUAACGCCGCGACUUGUCUGGUUCCAGGCCACGACGGCAUCGGCACCAUCCUGCAUAGCCUCCUCCUCGCGCACGUUCUGCACUUCUUCGUCGCUAGGUAGUCCCUCCACCCACCAUUGUGCCACCGCACUCACCCACUCCCGCUCUCGGCCAGCAACAACCAUGCCCUCCCGCCGGACUCCGUCGCCGGUCCUGUCCGCCUCCGCCACCGGCACCGCCCAGACCCGGUCGGCGUGUGGAUGCGCCUGCAGCGGCGGCGGUGGAUGCGGCAGCGGCGCUGCAAAACUCAAGGGUCCGAGCACGGCCUACAUUGCACUCGGCAGCAACCUCGGCGACCGCGUUGCCUGGAUUGAGCAGGCCUGCGCCGAGAUGGAUCGCCGCGGCAUCAAGGUGAAGCGCACCAGCAGCUUGUGGGAGACGGAGCCCAUGUAUGUGUUAGAUCAGGAUAGGUUCGUUAAUGGAGUCUGUGAGGUCGAGACUGAACUCGAACCAUUGGCUCUUCUUGACCAACUCCAGGAUAUUGAGCUCACUCUAGGUCGUAAGAAGUUGAUUGACAAGGGUCCCCGCAACAUCGACCUCGAUAUUCUCAUGUAUGGUGACGAGAAGAUUGAACAUCCUCGUCUCAACGUUCCUCAUAUCGGUAUCCCUGAGAGAGAAUUUGUCUUGCGACCUUUGGCUGAACUCAUUCCCGAAAAGCCUCUCUACGCAUCCAACCCCUGGAAACUCACUUUGGACUACCUCAACGAGCUUCCCCCGUCAGCGGCGCCUCUCUCUUCGCUAACCCCCAUUUCUGCGUCUCACUUGCCCCUCGCCGCCCUCACAUCCAAUCGCCAAACCCACGUCAUGGCCAUUGUGAACGCCACUCCAGACUCUUUCUCUGACGGCGGCGUCCACAACCCCCAAAACCUCGUCUCGACCCUAAAGUCCUUCGCCGCGGCCGGCGUGACCAUCGUUGACGUCGGCGGCUGCUCCACCGCGCCCGGUCGUCCCGAGGUCCCCGCCGACGAGGAAGUCGCCCGUGUCCUCCCCGUCAUCAAGCUCGUCCGCGGCCUACCAGAGCUCGCCCACCUCGCCGUCAGCAUCGACACGUACCGCGCCUCCGUCGCCGAGGCAGCCGUCGCCGCCGGCGCCGACAUCAUCAACGACGUCUCGGCAGGCCAGCUCGACCCGGCCAUGAUCCCCUACAUGGCCCGCAGCAACCGCACCGUCUGCCUCAUGCACAUGCGCGGUACCCCGGCGACAAUGAACUCCAUGACGGACUAUCCCGACGGUCUGAUCCCCACCAUCGCCCGCGAGCUCCUCGAGCGCGUCGCCGAAGCGGAGGCGGCGGGCGUGCGCCGUUGGCGCAUCAUCCUCGACCCAGGGCUGGGCUUUGCCAAGACCGGCGCCCAGAACCUAGAGAUCCUGCGCCACAUGGACGAGCUGCGUUCCUGGCCAGGUCUAGAAGGCUUUCCCUGGCUGAUUGGCUCCAGCAGGAAGAGCUUUGUCGGCAAGGUCACUGGCGUGUCCAAGCCUCAGGAGCGUAUAUGGGGCACGGCGGCCACGGUCGUCUCUGCUGUCCAGGGAGGCGCGGACAUUGUCAGAGUUCACGAUGCCGUCGAGAUGUGCCAGAUUGUCAAGAUGGCGGAUGCAAUCUACAGACACUGA